GUUCCUGAUCAGGAUUCAGAACCAACCACCUCAAGAGUCAAGAGUGUGUACAGAGCACAGACAUGGCUACCUCCAGACUCCACAUCGCCUGCGCUCUCCUCCUCAUUGGUGUUGUGCUUCUGGGGCAAAACCAAGAGGGCAUGGAAGCCGUGGCUUGCCCUCAGUACUGCCUGGAAGUCGACUACGUGACCUGCCCCUCCUCCGAGCAACAGAAGCUCCCGGCGAGGUGCAACUGCUGCAUGGCUCCCAAAGGCUGCACGCUUCAUCUCUCCGAUGGAAUCAGCCAAACCUGCUCUUAAUCCUGUUCAGAGUUCUGGGCCUGAGAUGUAACUCCAUAUAUGGUGUGGUGCUAGACAAUGCAUGCUUGAUAAUCUGACAAAGCUAUGAGCUUUGCCGAUAAAGCCUGUCAUAUACUACUAUG